AAACCCUGACAACCUGACAUGUCUUUGAGAGACAAGCACCACAUGAAUUUGGACAGUGAGAGUGCAACACACACUAGAAUGGAGGAUCAGCCAAGGUCGUCUUAUAGGCAUCUGCUGCUGCAGGCUUGGUGCUGUCUCCUCACCGUGGCCAUGGUGAUUAUGGCUGUACAUCUCGCUACAAUGAAUCAGAAGCCAGCAGAGGUUGGAGUCCCUACACCAGAGACCAUCAACUCAACUCAUUCAGGUCGCAUACAAAGGCAGACUCAGGAACCUUUUAAGUCAGGAAGCUCUCACCCAUUCAUCCAGAUUUCCCACCAUAACGGACGUCCGUCUGAAGAUUCUGUUUCGAAACAAAAUCGAAACAAAACCCUUACCCUGUUUGGAACGUCCAUCAUCGUCCAGGAAAACGGGAUCUACUUCUUUUACGCCCAGGCGACCUUCAGGGAAGAUUCACGGGAGAGACGUGUGCUUGUGGAAAGAACUGGCUUUCAUGAUAAGAAAACUAAGACACUGGCUAAGGGCAUCUACCCGGCCUCAUCAGAGAACUCAGUGUGGUUGGCCAAGAUUGUCAAACUUAGACCGUUGGACAGUGUCAGCAUAAACAUAACAGGUGAAAUUCUAAAUGACGAUACCUACUGGGGUGUCAUCAAGCUUCAAUAGAACUGGAGGUCUGGUUGGACUGGUAUGUUACUUGUGGCCCUAAAUAAACAAGUUAGAAUAAAAGCAAACUGGAUUUUUGAGCUAGAUAUUUAAAUUGGAAAUAUUCUGCUCAUCUCCAGCUGCAUAUUUUUAUUCUUGGACUCACGUUUUUAAACAAUGUUUAUUUUUUAUUUUGUAAAUUAUUUGUUUUAGCCAUUUAGCGCCAUUCACUUCUGUCCAAUAAUAAGUAGUUUGUGAGCGCCCUCUGCUGCACCACCAUCUGAACUGCAGACAGUUUUUGUACAGCGAUAGGAAGAUUCCCUCUGUCACCCCUGAUAUGCUCAUAUUAGGAAUGACUGCCUUAUAUCACGUCACACUGACCCCCAAUAGAAUGUAAUAUACGGAAUAAUUAUACAUAUUCUGACCUCUUUUUUUUUUAAAAA